AUAAAUUUAUAGUAAUUUAUUACUUAAAAUAAUUUUAAUAUUAUAAAAUUUAGUAUAAACAAAAGAAGACAUUUAUGAGCGAAACUGUUCUAAACUCAAUUGCUCUUUGUAUAAAAAAUCUUUGCUGCAAAAAUGCGAAAUUAUUUUUAACCGGUUACUUAACUAAUCUGCAUGCAUUGAUUACACAACACUAAUUUCGGUUGAAAACAACAUUACUGCAUCUGAUGUUAUUUUUUUGCAAGGAAAGAAAAUUAUUCUAGAAGAAAUCGUUAACAGACAAAGAAGUGUUAUUCUUAAUAGAAAAAAGUGAAGUUAGAAGAACUAAAUAAACUAAAUUAUGGGAAAGAAAAAUAAGAAGAAGCCCGAGGCUGAUGGCAAAAAGCCAGAGGAACAGGCGUCCACUUCGCAAGGAACGGCACAAACACAAAGCGCUGAUAGUAAAAACAAACAAGAACAGAAAUUAGAGCAACAAAAGUUACCGCAAAAACUAAUUCAAAAAAGUAGUGUUGUUGUACAGCAGCUACAACAAAAAGAAGCACACAACGGUGCUGAGUCUCAAAAGUUAAGACAUCAAGAGUCACAACAACAACUUCCACAACGGUCAAAAGAUCGCGAUCAGGUAAAAUGUCUAGUACAAUGCAAAUUUCAAAAACAAGUCGUAGGCUCUGAAGUUCAACAACAAAUAUGUGUCGCUGGUCAAUUUAAAGGUCUAGAACAUCAAAAAUUUAAACAAUUGUCGCAACAGAAACAGCUGAAAGAAAUUGUUCAGUCCAAGGAUCUUACACAACAGACAGACUGCUCUGUUUUACGAGAGCAAAACCGCAUAGAUGAUCAAUUUAAAGAUACAAGAAUAAAUCAAAAAUCACAACAACAAUUUCUAGAACAAAAGCAGUGGAAAGACAAUGGUGAGUUAAAAUCUCCAAUAAAACAAAAAUCUCAACGAAAAUUUCGUGAACAAGCAGUAGAUCUUGACAUACAAAAACAACAAAAAAGUGAUUCUGAUCAAUAUAAAAAUCCAAAACAGCAAGAUUCACAGCAAUUGCUACAACAAAAACAAUGGAAAGAAAGUGGUCCGUCAAAAGGUUUUGAACAACAACAACAAAGUCAGGCUGAAAAAAGAGACGCUAAUUAUCGACAGCAACAGCAACAAAUACACAUUGGUAAUCAAUCUAAAGGGCUCAGACCUCAAGAAUCACAACAAAAAUUAAAACAACAGUGGGAAGUAAAUGAUGAUGCCAAAGCUAAACAAAAACCACAACAACAACAACAACA